AUGGCUGAGGAAUAUGAUGAAGCUCAAAUGGGCGAGGAGGGCCAGAUGGGCGGCCCGGGAGCUCCCACUCCCCUCAGUGCUCUUGAAGGAAUUGCCGGAUUGACGAAGCGAGAUAUCCAACUGGUCGUCGAUGGUGGCUUCAACACUGUCGAGGCCGUGGCGUAUACCCCGCGCCGGAUGCUGGAACAGAUCAAAGGCAUUUCGGAACAGAAAGCUACCAAGAUUCUCGCCGAAGCUUCGAAGCUUGUCCCCAUGGGCUUUACCACCGCGACAGAAAUGCACCAGCGACGAAGCGAGCUCAUCUCCAUCACCACGGGCUCAAAGAACCUCGACACUCUUCUCGCCGGUGGUAUCGAGACCGGUUCCGUGACCGAGCUCUUCGGCGAGUUCCGCACCGGCAAGAGCCAAAUCUGUCACACCCUCGCUGUGACGUGCCAGCUGCCCUUCGACAUGGGCGGCGGCGAGGGCAAGUGCCUGUACAUUGACACCGAGGGCACGUUCCGCCCCGUCCGCCUGCUCGCCGUGGCCAACCGCUUCGGGCUCUCGGGCGAGGAGGUGCUCGACAACGUCGCCUACGCGCGCGCUUACAACUCGGACCACCAGCUACAGCUGCUGAACCAGGCGGCGGCCAUGAUGUGCGAGACGCGCUUCUCGCUGCUCAUCGUCGACAGCGCGACUGCGCUCUACCGCACCGACUUCUGCGGCCGCGGCGAGCUGUCCAACCGCCAGACGCACCUGGCCAAGUUCAUGCGCACGCUGCAGCGCCUGGCCGACGAGUUCGGCGUGGCGGUGGUGAUCACGAACCAAGUCGUGGCGCAGGUGGACGGCGGGCCCAGCGCAAUGUUCAACCCGGACCCCAAGAAGCCGAUUGGCGGCAACAUCAUCGCGCACGCGAGCACGACGAGAAUCAGCCUGAAGAAGGGUCGCGGGGAGACGCGCAUUGCCAAGAUUUACGACAGUCCCUGCUUGCCGGAGAGCGAUACCCUGUUUGCCAUUGGUGAAGAUGGUAUCGGCGACCCGGCCCCCAAGGAUAUGGAAAAGGACUGA